ACGCGGCGGAACCACUUGCGUUCGGUUUUCAUCUCCGAUAGGAUCAAAUCACCGUCACCGCUGUUUUACCUGGGCGCACCGCAUCAAUACCGAAAGGCAGGCAAAAGCAUUCGCAUUAGCUAUACCAUUCACCACCACCACUACUGACCAUUCGUCGUUGUUAGCUUCGUGUGCCAAAAAGGAUACCUAUUGUCCGUGCGUUCACUUUGCUUCACUUUGCUGAGUGAUUUUAUGACCAGAGUGUCCACAGAACAGGUAGCAUUCCGUUCCGGUGCUGUCUGUCACUAUUUCCCGCUUUCAUCCAUCCAUACCCGCGCGUGUGUGUUUCACCAGCAUAAUCGCCACAGAGUGCAUCGAAAGUUGUUGUGCAGGGAGCAGUGUUAGAUUCUGAUACCCGCAGUGUGUAUGUGAUUAUUCGCAGGCAGCUCAAACGGAUACAUUAACGCAGCAGACAUGGCAUCCUCACAGCUGAAGGUUCUUUCACCGAGCGUCCACUACACGGACGAACAUAUUGAGGUGGACUACCAGUACCAAACGACCACCGUGGUGAGCAGCGGCCCAAGCGGAUACACGGUGAAACCUGAAACUACGGAGUUGAACAUCCGCACGGAGCGCCAUGUUCCACGGAUGGGGUUGAUGCUGGUUGGCUGGGGUGGCAACAACGGGUCGACGCUCACCGCCGCCCUAGAAGCAAACAAACACAGCCUCGAGUGGCGUACGCGCCACGGAAUCCAGAAGGCCAACUGGUACGGCUCGAUCACGCAGUCGUCCACCGUGCUGCUCGGCUCGGACGCAUCCGGGCAGGAUGUGUACAUCCCGAUGAACGAGCUCGUGCCGAUGGUCAACCCGAACGAUAUCGUCGUCGACGGUUGGGACAUCAGCUCGAUGAACAUUGGCGAAGCGAUGAAGCGGGCGCAGGUGCUCGAGGUCGGGCUUCAAGAUCAGGUGUACAAACGGCUGGCGCAGUUGCGUCCCCGACCAUCAAUCUACGACCCGGACUUUAUUGCCGCCAAUCAGGCGGAACGGGCGGAUAACACGAUCCAGGGAACGCGCUACGAGCAGUAUCAGCAGAUCGUGAAGGAUAUCCGCGAGUUCAAGCAACAGUCGGGCGUCGAGAAGGUGGUCAUCCUGUGGACGGCCAACACGGAACGUUUCGCCGAGGUGAAGGAAGGACUCAACACCACUAUGGCUGAUUUGGAACGUUCGCUGAAGCAGAACCACUCGGAGAUCUCCCCAUCGACGAUCUUCGCGAUGGCCGCAAUUGCCGAAAAUUGCAUCUACAUUAACGGAUCCCCGCAAAACACAUUUGUCCCCGGAGUGAUCGAGAUGGCGGAACACUACGGUGCGUUCAUUGCCGGCGACGAUUUCAAAUCAGGACAAACGAAGCUCAAAUCUGUGCUGGUAGAUUUCCUCGUGUCGGCCGGCAUCAAGCCCGUGUCGAUCGUAAGCUACAACCAUCUGGGCAACAACGAUGGCAAGAAUCUCUCGGCCCCGCAGCAGUUCCGCUCGAAGGAGAUCUCGAAGAGCAACGUGGUGGAUGAUAUGGUCGCCUCCAACCACAUCCUUUACGGUGCCGACGAACAUCCGGAUCACUGUGUCGUGAUCAAGUACGUGCCAUACGUCGGCGACAGCAAGCGGGCGAUGGACGAGUACACGAGCCAGAUCAUGCUCGGUGGCCACAAUACGUUGGUCAUUCACAACACCUGCGAAGAUUCGCUGCUAGCCACGCCACUCAUCCUAGAUCUGGCUAUUUUGGGCGAACUUUGUUCCCGCAUCCAGAUCCGCCGCACGGAACCAGCGGGCGGAGAGUUUGUGCCGUUCCGGUCGGUACUUUCGUUGCUGAGCUACCUGUGCAAGGCGCCGCUGGUACCGCAGGGAACGCCGGUGGUAAAUUCACUCUUCCGUCAGCGAACGGCAAUCGAGAACAUUUUGCGCGCCUGCGUUGGACUGCCACCGCUCAGUCACAUGACGCUGGAGCACCGUUUCGAUCUGCCCGUCGGCGAGAACCAGUCGGAAGGGGCACAACACAUCGCGAAGAAGGCACGUGUUAAUGGUGCCGUACCCCUGGCAAAUGGUAUCAGCGAGAAAUGCAAUGGUGUGCACAACGGUGACGCUCAUCGUUCGGAGAAAGUGAGCAGUCACUAGGUGAUGGAUUUGAAAACUCACCUUUGGACGCACCACAUGCGCAUUCGUUGUGCAUGGUAACGGUUUUUCCCAUUCUCCCACCCUACGAUCCCAAUGGUUUCUAUGCGAGUGUAGUAUAGACCACUUGAUUGAUUUUUGUUUUUUUUUUUUUUUAAAUAACUUAGAGGCACUAUUUUGCCUCGCAAAUUCUAUCUUUUCAACCUGAAGAAAGAAGCACUGUAUUGAUCAUGCUCCUCUAGGCAGGGAUUGUCUUAGAAGCUGAAGCAAAGAACUGAACUGUACACAGGCAGCAAACAAAAAGCGACAAACAGACAAACAAAAUGCUACAAUAUUCUUGUGGAGCCGCAGUUACCCGGCUCUCCAUUCCCCGGAUGUUUUCUCCAGUCUAGUGUUAAGGCUUCGUAAACAUGUACUACUAUGUAAGCGUAUGUAUGGAAAAACGAAAAUAAACUGUACGUUGGAAUUGUGAAUACGCGA